UCGAGGCCCGGAACCAAGCGCUGCGCAGUCGCCCCGGAAACGAGACACCAAGCGAGAUCUUGGAUGACCCCCCCACAUCCCGUGAAAGUACGCUAACUAGGACCACUGAUUUUCAACCAAAAGAGCUACCUGAUUAUCAUGGCAAGAACACCAGGGAGCAUCGCGAGUGGUUCCAGGCCGCAGAGAAUGCGUUUCGCCUGGCACCUCGCAGGUUUCGAAAUGACACUAUCAAAGUAGCAUAGUCCGCUCAAUCUCUCCAAGGCACAACAGCAAGGAGCUGGAACAACUACAUCGAGGUACACCCUGAGUACGCACACUCAUGGGAGAAAUAUAAGACCUUCCUCCUUGACCUCAUCGAGGCGCCGGAGAAUCGAGAACUACACGUAGCAAUGGCAUACCAGCGUGCGGAACAAAGACCAGGACAGACGACUCAGCAGUUCUAUCAGUACCUCCUCAGCCUCGAGCGACAGCUCAGUGAGGACUUCUCUGAGAACCAGCAAAGGUUCCACCUGCUAGCUCGCCUACGACCCGAACUCAGGGAUCAGCUGAACCGCUACCAGGACAUACCUAAGACCUGUGAAUCUAUCGUCGCGCUGGCAACACGCCUAGAAGGCUUGGGCAAGAAGAGGGUUAGUUCCAAUACUGACAACGGAACCACUAGGAAGACCCAAAGACUAGAUUCAGACAACACCUAUGACACCAAGUCGGCGUCAGAUCACCACAAGACCGGAAGCUAUACACAAGGGUCCUCGCAGGCGCAGACCCCAGGGCAUAGCCAGACCUUAUAUUUCAUAUGCAAGGACCCAGGACACUUGGCUCAGGACUGUCGUAAGGCAGGCACGACCCAACCAGGCGCAUCGCCGGAUAACCAGUCGGGAAAAGACUAA